AUGGGGAAGGCGCCUUGCUGCGAGAAGGUGGGGCUGAAGCGAGGAAAGUGGACGGCGAAGGAGGAUGACACUCUCGCAAAAUACAUAGCUGGGCACGGCGAGGGUUCAUGGAGGUCUCUGCCCAAAAAUGCGGGGCUACUAAGGUGUGGCAAGAGCUGCAGGCUACGGUGGGUCAACUACCUGAGGGACGGGGUGAGGAGGGGCAACUUCUCUAAGGAGGAAGACGAUCUCAUCGUCAAGCUCCAUGCUACAUUAGGCAACAGCCGAAGCGACAGCACUCAGGCAUGCUGUUUUCAAUGCGUGUUUUCCUGCCGCACACUCGAGAGCGCUGUUGGUGCUGCGUGUGAUGAGACACCGCGAUGCUGGAAUCCGAUGCCACGGUAG